AUGGACUACAACAUGGAAGAUACUCAGAAUUCGGCGCCCGACGCCCUAGAAGCUACCAAGCUGAAUUCCUCCGCUCAGCGAAAUGACACCCAGAGCGUGACCAAGCGCCUGCAGGCCGAGUUGAUGCAGCUGAUGCUGGCGCCUUCGCCCGGUAUUUCCGCUUUCCCCGACGCCGAUGGAAACCUGCUCUCGUGGACUGCAACUAUCACUGGCCCGACCGAGACUCCUUACGAAGGCUUAACAUUGAAGUUGUCUUUUGCAUUCCCCAACAACUACCCCUACUCUCCUCCGACCGUCCUGUUCAAGACUCCGAUCUACCACCCCAAUGUUGAUUUCUCCGGCCGUAUCUGCCUGGAUAUUCUGAAGGACAAAUGGAGUGCUGUGUACAAUGUCCAGAGUGUGCUCCUGAGUCUACAAAGUCUCUUGGGUGAACCAAACAAUGCGAGCCCGCUGAACGCCCAAGCUGCAGACCUCUGGGACUCUGACCAGGAGGAGUUCAAACGCCAUGUUCUAGCUCGACACAAGGACCUUGAUGACGAGUAG